AUGUUUUGUGGGACCAGUUACCGAAUAAAUUUAUGGCGUUCUUCAGGCCUGCAAGAUGAGGCCUCCAGGAGCAGUUCGAAAGCAGCAUUGGCUUCGCUUCAGUUUGGAUUACUUUGCCUCCUAUUGCUGGCCAAUAAUGUCAUUAGAUCCGUGCAAGCAGAUGCCUUCACGGAUUAUUUCUCCGACUAUGAGUGCAACCAGCCGCUCCUGGAAAGAGCGGUGCUCACGGCUACAUCAUCGCUGUCGGAACGAGGACCAGAGAAAGCACGUUUGAAUGCUGGCACAUCGUGGUCGGCGAAGAACUCGGACUUCGACCAGCGUCUCAUUAUUGACCUGGGCGUGGUGCGGAACGUGACGCACAUCGCCCUGCAAGGACGACCCCAUAGCAAUGAGUACGUCACCGAGUACACCAUUAGCUAUGGCAUAACCGAUCUAGAGUUCGCCGAUUACAAAGAACCGGGCGGCAAUGUCAAGAUGUUCAAGGGCAACUCCGAUGGCAAUUCCAUCCACUACAACGUUUUUGAGGUGCCCAUCAUUGCCCAGUGGGUGAGAAUUAAUCCCACCAGGUGGCACGAUCGCAUUUCCAUGCGAGUUGAACUCUACGGUUGCGAUUACAUCUCUGAGAACCUGUACUUCAACGGCACGGGGCUGGUGCGUUACGAUCUGAGGCGGGAUCCUGUUGCCUCCACCAAGGAAUCCAUCCGUUUCCGUUUCAAGACCGCCUUCGCCAACGGAGUGAUGAUGUAUUCGCGCGGCACCCAGGGAGACUACUACGCUCUGCAACUGAAGGACAACAAAAUGGUGCUGAAUCUCGAUCUGGGAUCCCGCGUGAUGACCUCCCUGUCGGUGGGUAGUCUGCUGGAUGAUAAUGUGUGGCACGACGUGGUUAUCUCCAGGAACCAUCGUGAUAUCAUCUUCUCGGUGGAUCGUGUCAUCGUUAGGGGACGCAUUAAUGGAGAGUUUAGUCGAUUGAAUCUCAACCGGGAAUUAUAUCUGGGCGGUGUGCCCAAUGUCCAAGAGGGUUUGAUUGUCCAGCAAAAUUUCUCCGGCUGUCUGGAGAACAUUUACUUUAAUUCCACCAACUUUAUUCGUGGCAUGAAGGACAGCUACGAGUUGGGCGAGGCCUAUCUGUUCCAGAAGGUGAACACAAUUUACGCGUGUCCAUCGCCUCCAAUUUAUCCGGUAACCUUCACUACCCGCGGAUCUUUUGUUCGUCUGAAGGGUUACGAGAACUCGCAGCGCCUAAAUGUUUCUUUCUACUUCCGAACCUACGAGGAGACGGGUGUGAUGCUGCACCACGACUUCUAUUCCGGCGGCUACAUCAAAGUUUUCCUGGAGUUUGGCAAAGUCAAGAUCGAUUUGAAGGCCAAGGAUAGACCGCGUAUCAUCCUGGACAACUACGAUGAACAAUUCAACGACGGAAAGUGGCAUUCGUUUGUGAUCUCCAUCGAGCGGAAUCGUUUGAUUCUGAACAUUGACCAGCGCCCGAUGACCACGACCAAGAACCUGCAGAUUGCUACGGGAGCUCAGUAUUACAUAGCCGGAGGCAAGGAUAAAAAUGGUUUUGUGGGCUGCAUGCGUCUGAUUUCGGUGGAUGGCAACUACAAGCUACCCCAGGACUGGGUAAAGGGCGAAGAGGUUUGCUGCGGAGACGAGGUCGUGGUGGAUGCAUGCCAGAUGAUCGAUCGCUGCAACCCGAAUCCCUGCCAGCAUAAGGGCGUGUGCCAUCAGAACUCGAUGGAGUUCUUCUGCGACUGUGCGCAUACAGGAUAUGCGGGAGCCGUUUGCCAUACUUCCAACAAUCCAUUGUCUUGCCAGGCGCUAAAGAAUGUCCAGCAUGUGCAGCAGCGUGUCAAUCUGAAUCUCGAUGUGGAUGGCAGUGGCCCUCUUGAGCCUUUCCCAGUUACGUGCGAGUUUUAUUCGGAUGGCCGUGUUAUCACUACCCUCAGCCAUAGCCAGGAGCACACCACCACUGUGGAUGGCUUCCAGGAGCCGGGUUCUUUUGAACAGUCCAUCAUGUACGAUGCCAAUCAACUGCAAAUCGAAGCUCUGCUGAAUCGCUCUCAUAACUGCUGGCAGCGUCUGAGCUACUCGUGCCGCUCUUCUCGCCUCUUUAACUCACCUUCUGAGGCUGGAAACUUCCGUCCCUUCUCCUGGUGGAUCUCGCGCCACAACCAACCCAUGGACUACUGGGCCGGUGCUCUUCCAGGGUCUCGUAAGUGCGAGUGUGGAAUCCUGGGUAAGUGCCACGAUCCCACCAAGUGGUGUAAUUGCGACUCUAACAGCUUGGAGUGGAUGGAGGAUGGCGGUGAUAUUCGUGAGAAGGAAUACCUCCCAGUGCGAGCAGUGAAAUUUGGCGAUACUGGCACCCCGCUGGAUGAAAAAAUCGGCCGCUAUACCCUAGGCCCGCUGCGCUGCGAGGGCGAUGACCUUUUCAGCAACGUGGUGACUUUCCGGAUCGCUGAUGCAUCCAUUAAUCUGCCACCCUUCGACAUGGGUCACUCUGGAGAUAUUUAUUUGGAAUUCCGCACCACUCAGGAGAACUCGGUGCUCUUCCAUGCCACCGGACCCACGGACUACAUUAAGCUGAGUCUGAUUGGCGGCAACAAGCUGCAGUUCCAGUACCAGGCGGGCAGUGGUCCCCUGGGUGUGAAUGUAGGCACCAGUUAUCACCUAAACGACAACAAUUGGCACACUGUGAGUGUGGAGCGCAACAGGAAGGAGGCUCGUCUGGUGGUGGAUGGAUCCAUUAAGGCUGAGGUGCGAGAGCCGCCGGGUCCAGUGCGUGCCCUUCACUUGACUUCGGAUCUGGUGAUUGGUGCCACCACAGAGUACCGCGACGGAUAUGUGGGCUGCAUUCGUGCUUUGUUGCUCAACGGAAAGAUGGUCGACCUGAAGGAUUACUCCAAGAGGGGAUUGUAUGGCAUCAGCACUGGCUGCGUGGGUCGCUGUGAGUCGAGUCCUUGUCUCAAUAACGGCACAUGUAUUGAGCGUUACGAUGGCUACAGCUGCGAUUGCCGUUGGAGCGCAUUCAAGGGACCAAUUUGCGCAGAUGAGAUUGGCGUCAACUUGCGCUCCAGUUCGAUUAUCCGCUACGAGUUUGAGGGUUCCUUCCGCUCCACAAUUGCUGAGAACAUUCGCGUAGGCUUCACCACCACCAUUCCCAAGGGUUUCCUUUUAGGCUUCUCUUCCAACUUAACCGGAGAAUAUCUGACUAUUCAGAUUUCGAAUUCGGGUCACUUGCGUUGCGUGUUUGACUUUGGCUUUGAGCGGCAGGAAAUCAUUUUCCCCAAGAAACACUUUGGGUUGGGCCAGUAUCACGACAUGCACUUCAUGCGCAAGAACGGUGGCUCCACAGUCGUCCUUAAGGUGGAUAAUUACGAGCCAGUGGAGUACAAUUUCGAUAUCAAGGCCUCAGCCGAUGCUCAGUUCAACAACAUUCAGUACAUGUACAUUGGCAAGAAUGAGUCCAUGACAGAUGGCUUUGUUGGUUGUGUGUCCCGUGUACAGUUCGAUGAUAUUUAUCCACUGAAGCUAAUGUUCCAGCAAAAUCCCCAGAAUGUCAAAUCGCUGGGCACUCAAUUGACGGAGGACUUCUGUGGUGUAGAGCCUGUGACGCAUCCACCCAUCGAGAUUGAGACUAGGCCGCCGCCAUUGGUGGACGAGGAAAAACUGCGCAAGGCAUACAACGAAGUGGACUCUGUGCUACUGGCAUGCUUGCUAGUGAUUCUCUUCCUGUUGCUGAUCCUAAUGUUCUUCCUCAUCGGUCGCUACUUGCACCGGCACAAAGGCGACUAUUUGACGCACGAGGAUCACGGCGCCGACGGUGCCGACGAUCCGGAUGACGCUGUCCUUCACUCAACCACUGGCCAUCAAGUUAGGAAGAGAACAGAGAUCUUUAUCUAAGCCUGUCGCCACAAAUAUGCACACAAAUCGUUUUUAAAUCGCCUUAGACGCGCAACAGCGACGACUCAGACUCACCAAGAAGGAAAAAAAGAAAUCAACAUAAAAAUCAAACGAACCGGAAAAGGCUCACAACGUAUUACAGACACAGAACCUAUUUAGACUUUUCCAAGCACUGCCAAUUGUUUUGCGCAAGUGAACGCUACGUAAUUGAUUUUGAAAUUGGUUGGCUGACUUUUGCUCUUUGUUUGCUUUAGCUUGUCCUUUUUUUGGUUCUGUCUGACGGCAUUUUACUUUAUUUUAUUUUCGAACGCUCUCAAUAGUCACCGAAAACCGUCCAUUUUUAGUUAAUUUUAUGAACACAUUUUGUUUGUUUGCGGAAUUAAGUUAAAAACUUGUAUUUUAAGUUGCUACCCCGACCGAAAGCAAUAUCGUGCGAGUAACAUAAAGACGAACAUUCCAUUAUUUUUAAUACGUUUCUCUCGCUACGGAUAAUUCUGUCUUCUAAUUUACACACACACAAAAGGAACAUAAGAAUCAUUUUGUGGCUAAACAAAAUCGGCUACUUUAGUAACACAAAUCAUGAAAAAAGCAAAUUGUAUUUUUGGAAAAUACAUUUUGUAUGUCUUGACUUGAAAU